GAUUAUCAGGACCCAGGGUGGAGGUGGUGUUGGUGGCCAUCGGGGAAGCCGCUGUCAAGAUCCUGUUCCUCGUCCUCUGCCUCAUCAUCCUCAUCCGAGAUCUCGUGCUCCUCCCCAGCUUCCGUGGUCUCACCACGGUCCCCCCACCCACCGUCUUCAUUCUUUUUUCACCCACAGGAGCCCAGAAACUCUACAUGUCAGAGAUGCUGUGGCUGCUGCCCCUGCUGUGGGCAGGGUCCCUGGCUCAGCAUAGUGGAUACACGGUGAGAGUGCAGACACCUGUUACAGUGCAAGAGGGCCUGUGCGUGUUUGUGCCCUGUACCUUCAUCUACCCGGGGAGCUCCUGGAAUAAUCCUCUCCCUGCAUAUGGCUACUGGUUCCAGGAAGGAGCUAAUGAAUUCCACGAUGCUGCUGUGGUCACAAACAACCCGGCUCGUAACGUGCAGGAGGAGACCCAGGGCCGAUUCCACCUCCUCGGGGAUCCCAGGACCAAGAACUGCUCCCUGGACAUCAGAGACGCCAGGAGGACCGAUGAUGGAGUUUACUUUUUUCGGGCUGAGGCAAAAUAUUCUGGUAUAUAUUCUUACAAAUGGAACACGCUCUCCGUGACAGUGACAGCCCUCAACCACACACCCAACAUCCUCAUCCCGGAGACCCUGGAGAGCGGCCUCCCCAAGAACCUGACCUGCUCUGUGCCCUGGGGCUGUGAGCGGGGCACACCCCCCAUCUUCUCCUGGACGUCAGCUGCCCACAGCUCCCUGGGCCCCAGGACCCGUCUCUCCUCCGUGCUCACCCUCACCCCACGGCCCCAGGACCAUGGCACCAACCUCACCUGUCAGGUGCAUUUUCCUGCCGUUGGUGUGACCGUGGAGACAACCAUCCAGCUCAACGUCACCUGUGCCACACAGAACCCAACACCAGGUGGUUGCCUAGGAGACAGUGCAGGGGAACCGAGGACGAAGGCAGACGUGGUUCGGGCGGCUGUUGGGGGAGCCGGUGUCACUGCACUGCUGGCUGGCUGUCUCUGCCUCAUCUAUUUUGUAGUGAAGACCCGCAGGAAGAAAGCCAGGACAGCAAUGGGCAUGGACAACAUCCACACUGCCAUGGAGCCAGCUUCCCUGGGUCACCAGAAGACACCAGAGUUAGACAGCCCCGUGUCUGACUCCACUAGCUCUGCAGGGGCCGCCCCGACCUUGAGGGUGGAGCCAGAGGUGUACUAUGCCUCCCUCCGCUUUCAGGGGAAGAAUCCUCCUCAGACAAGCACUGAACCAGAAUACUCAAAUGUCAGGACCCAGUGA